AAAAUAACAGAAACAUUAUUAUAUCGUAGAUCGCGACCACUGGUUUGGGCAACGAUCGUGAUACAGUUCAAUCCGAUUGUUCAAAGACUUGGCGACCAGUCAAUCAAAGUUGGAUGUUCGUUGAGCAGCGAGAUACCUCCGCAACCGGAAAACAUCACCGUCCAUUCCAGUUUCAGUUUUCUCGAUCCCAACGCAGGAGUACCGCCAAUCUCGUCAACGAUCGUCAACACGUCCUCACAAGUGCCGACAGUCACCAUGAGGAUACUGGACGAGAACCUGGGACAGACUAUGGUCACGCAUUUGGGUCAGAAGCUCAUUCUAAAAAUUCAACUGAAUCCAGCAAAUGGUGCUUAUGACAUCGCUGCCGGAUAUCUCGUAGCAAGUAGCGCUUCUGGCAAUGCCUCUCUUCAGCUGUUGGACGAACUCGGAUGUCCAGUCAAUCCAGCCAUGUUCCCUGUUCUCUCGAAGGAUCCAACUGAUGGUCGUUCCCUAAUAGCAACCUUCACAGCUUUCAAAUUUCCCGAUAGCCAGCUAGUCCGUUUCAACGUGAUCGUUCGAUUCUGCUUAGACAAGUGCAUGCCGACAAUCUGCAAUGGUAAUAAACUUUCUUAUGGAAAGAAGAAACGAACCAGCGAAUCUUGGGACACGCCACCGACCUACGACACCGAAACGACACGAAUGUUUGGAAAUGAAAUCCCAGAAGAGUUACCGCUAGAGCUCUCCAUAAUUGUGCAAAGUUCCGUCGCCUCUUCGGCUGAUCGUCUGUCUUCGAGAGAGAAUUCGUCCCCCGAUACCGUCUUAAUCACGAAAGAAAACCCCGAGGACACAUUAUUCUGUAUCGACGCUAAUCUCGCCUUGAGCUUGCUGAUUUUCCUGUUGAUCAUUCAAAUAGCACUUAUCGUUGGCUGCCUAUUGACCGUGGCGCAAUACAGGCGAACAGCUAUACGAGCAGAAGAGGAGAGAGCGAGUAUCCUGGCCAGACAUCUCUAUGGUAUUCACGGAGGAAACUUCGAUAUCGAGCGAAGAGUCAGAUGGGCCGAUCACAAUCCUUCCACCUCAUCUCGUGACUGACUCAAUCUGAUUGCAUUAUUCGUAUAGUUAUAU